GGAGAGACGCGUCUUGGAUCGCCGCGAACCAGUACGCAUGCGCCAGCCGCUCCAUUUACUGUAUCCACCGUGGUGGUGAAAAAUGGGCAGGCAACAGACCCCAAGAUUUCUAAGCGCAAAACUGACUUCUGCAAUGUAAAUAGCCUCCAGGGGGAUAGCGAAAUAGGAUUAUCAGCAGGUAGGGUUUUUUUUUGUAUUGAUCCCGUUGACUGUGUUGUUCGCCUUUGCGUCCUUGUCUUCUACGCAUCUUCUCCGGGUGCUGUAGUCGCUUCAUAGCGGAUACUUGGGGGAUUAUUCCGUCUAAUGGACGUGCGGAGCCGCUACACUGUAUGCUUUCUCCAACUGCCUACCGUUUGAGAUGCAACGGCAACGGUGAUUUAUUUUUGUUUUUGCAACAUCAUCGACUGAAAUUACAUAAAUCAAAAGGGAUUUCUAGGUGUGAUGAGACAAAGGAACAAAGGAUGCCUUAGAGGAGAGGUGGCCUACACGUGUGGAAACCUCUUCCAGCGCCCACCGCCCAAUGGAUCUAUGGUCCCCACCGGCUGCCUCUAGGUCAUGAUACUCGGCUGAAGCUGUUAAGCCGCUAUCUUUAUGAUCCCUCCUCCAUCUAUGGCGAACUACAGCCAUGCAGGGGACACCACCAUCUUGCAGAACGUCUCGCCGCUCGCCACGUUCCUCAAACUGACCUCGCUGGGCUUCAUCAUCGGCGUCGGCGUGGUCGGCAACCUCCUGAUCUCCAUCCUGCUGGUGAAAGACAAGAGCCUGCACCGGGCGCCCUACUACUUCCUGCUGGACCUGUGCGCCUCCGACAUCCUGCGCUCGGCCAUCUGCUUCCCGUUCGUCUUCACCUCGGUGAAGAAUGGCUCGGCGUGGACGUACGGCACGCUCACCUGCAAAGUGAUCGCCUUCCUGGGCGUGCUCUCGUGUUUCCACGCGGCGUUCAUGCUCUUCUGCGUGAGCGUCACGCGCUACCUGGCCAUCGCCCACCACCGCUUCUACACCAAGCGGCUCACCUUCUGGACGUGCCUGGCCGUGGUGUGCAUGGUGUGGACGCUGUCGGUGGCCAUGGCCUUCCCGCCCGUGCUGGACGUGGGCACGUACUCGUUCAUCCGCGAGGAGGACCAGUGCACCUUCCAGCACCGCUCGUUCCGCGCCAACGACUCGCUGGGCUUCAUGCUCCUGCUGGCCCUCAUCCUGCUCGCCACGCACCUGGUCUACCUCAAGCUCAUCUUCUUCGUGCACGACCGGCGGAAGAUGAAGCCCGUGCAGUUCGUGCCGGCCGUCAGCCAGAACUGGACCUUCCACGGCCCCGGGGCCAGCGGGCAGGCGGCGGCCAACUGGCUGGCGGGCUUCGGCCGGGGCCCCACGCCGCCCACCCUGCUGGGCAUCCGGCAGAACAGCAACGCGGCCGGGCGGCGCCGGCUGCUGGUGCUGGACGAGUUCAAGACGGAGAAGCGGAUUAGCAGGAUGUUCUACAUCAUGACCUUUUUCUUCCUGGCUCUGUGGGGCCCCUACCUGGUGGCCUGCUACUGGCGGGUGUUUGCCAGGGGCCCCGUGGUCCCCGGGGGGUACCUGACGGCGGCCGUGUGGAUGAGCUUCGCCCAGGCAGGGGUGAACCCCUUCAUCUGCAUCUUCUCCAACCGCGAGCUGCGUCGCUGCUUCAGCACCACGCUGCUGUACUGCAGGAAAUCCAGGUUACCACGGGAACCAUACUGCGUUAUAUGAAGGCUUCGGGCUGUGGCUUGGCUCUUAUUUUUCUGCUUCUUCUGCUUCUUCUGCUUCUUCUUCUUCUUCUUCUUCUUCUUCUUCUUCUUCUUCUUCUUCUUCUUCUUCUUCUUCUUCUGCUCGUUCUUCUUCUCUACCCCAACCCAUUCCUCUGUCGCUCUAUUUACCUGAUUGAUCUUAGAGCUGGGGCGUGCUCCCAUUAUACAGAGGGCUCUCCUUUACUCCCCCUUUAUCUCUCUCCAUCUCCUUUUCUCCCCCUUUAUCUCUCUCACUCCUUAUCUCCGCCCCCUCUCUCUCUCUCUCUCUCUCUCU